UAGCCGAAGCCAGUCGACGAGUGAACUCCGUUCAGCUUGUGUCAUGUGCAAUGUGUGAUCCGUUCCGUUCCUAAGAAAGACGUACGAGACAUGAGUGUUGGUGACGGGGUGCCGCGUGGCCCCCACAUAGUGAUCCUAUACGCAAUCGGCGCUGUAUCACUAACAGCUUUCGGACUCCUAGCCUACACGACAGUCGUCCUAGAACAGAGAGUCAGUAGCCUCGAGGCCGCUCUGCUGCUAGAAAAAUCUUCACCGUCCGUCAGGUUCCGCAGGGACAUACCUACCGACACACCUGACUGCGCUUGUCCUCCAGGGCCUCCCGGUGCGCCUGGGAAGAGAGGGAAAAGGGGGAAGAAAGGUGAUGCAGGAGAACCAGGACCUGCUGGCCCAACUGGUCCACCUGGCAAGAAUGGGUUUCCGGGCGUGAGAGGCUCUAAAGGAGACCGCGGGUUUUUGGGACCAAUUGGCCUGGACGGGCCAAAAGGAGACCCAGGCCGGCCUGGCGAAAAAGGCCAAAAAGGAGAGCUUGGGAAUCCGGGAUUCGAUGUUUAUGCAGCAGUCAAGGGUCUCAAGAGGUCAGUGACUACGUUGAGAGGCGGAACGCUUGGCUACGCCGAAAUAGUAGCCGUAAAGGGAGAACCGGGGGAGCCAGGUCCUCCAGGUCCACCAGGGCCUCAGGGUCCAGAAGGAUUGCCGGGUCACGACGGAAGACAAGGGGUGCCUGGAGAAGCAGGAUCACCAGGUGAACGGGGGCCUCCAGGACCUCAAGGCUUGCCAGGUCCAGCAGGUGAAACAGGACCUCAAGGCAUUCAGGGAGAAAAGGGUGAUAAGGGAGAAAGGGGACUAACAACUACGCUCAAAGGAGACCAAUUCCCUACAGGUAUCAUCGAAGGACCACCAGGGCCACCAGGACCGCCAGGACCUGAAGGAGGCAAAGGUGAGAAGGGAGACAUAGGCCCUACCGGUCCGCCUGGCCAGCCUGGAGAGAAAGGAGCCAGAGGCAAGCGAGGCAAACGGGGGGAUGACGGGAGUGCUACCUCAAGAGGUCUUCCUGGAUUACCAGGGGCUAAAGGGGAAGCGGGUCCUAAGGGUGACAGAGGCGAAAGAGGAUUUGUUGGCCUUCCAGGAAAUAAAGGUGAUACGGGGCCAGCAGGGCCACCAGGAGAACCGGGAAUGCACGGUGAACCUGGACUUCAAGGUCCUCCAGGAUUGCCUGGUCAAUACGGACCUAAGGGAGAAAAAGGAGAUUAUGGUGAUAUUGGACCUCCAGGUUUAAUGGGACCACCAGGAUUGCCAGGACCACCAGGAUAUCCAGGUCAAAAAGGAGAAAAAGGAGACAAAGGAGAAUCUAAAUACAAGAAGCUCAGGAGGCGGCAGGGUGAUGGAACUUUUGAACUGAACUCAGGAGGGGGAUCUGACACUAGAUACCAGCAAGUUAUAGGACCUCCUGGACCUCCAGGCCCACCUGGAGUCCCAGGUCUUCAAGGCCCACCAGGAAUCAAAGGUGAUCGGGGUAUGGAUGGAGCCAAAGGCGAGCAAGGAGAGAAAGGUUCGAAAGGAGAUCCUGGCCCAAUGGGACUACCCGGUCCCAUGGGCCUGAGGGGCGAGUCAGGGCGCCCCGGAGAUAUCGGCAAACCCGGACAAAUGGGUCCACCCGGCCUUGACGGAAUGAAAGGAGGGCAAGGAGAGCCGGGUGCUAAAGGCGAACGAGGUGACCCUGGUCUUCCAGGGACUGAUGGAAUUCCAGGGUCGGAGGGCCCGAAAGGAGAAAGGGGUCAGAAAGGUGAACCAGGGCCCCUUGGCAAAAGAGGAAGGAAAGGAGACCGAGGAGACAAGGGAGACCAAGGUGUACCAGGACUAGAUGCACCCUGCCCGAUUGGACCGGAUGGACUACCAUUGCCUGGAUGUGGAUGGAGACCUCCUAAGGAAUUUCACGAGCCACUAACAACCCCUGCCCCACCCGAAGCUGAGCCUACGGAAGAUGACAACUACGAAGAUGGAGGAGAAGAUGAUUAUGAUGAGUAUACGGAUCAAGGCAACAACUACCAAAAGAAAUAAAAGUUACAGAAGUACUUCGUAGAACAUCAUCCUCUUAAUUAAACAACUGUGCAGAUAGUGAUGUCUGGACUCAAGUGACUGAUGACAUGAAAUCUGACCUUUUUAUUUAUUUAUACUUUUUUUAACAUAAGACAACAUAAUAAAAAAUAAACAUACUUUUCCACUGGUUGAUUAAAAUUAAAUUAAAUUAAUUUUUAUGUGAAGAAAAAUCUUAUCUUUUUAUCUAAAAUAAUUGUACAAAUAAAAUUGGCUAGGCUCUUUGUGGAAAUCCUGAAUGGAGAAACCCUUAAUUUUUUCCUUUUUUAAAAUAAGUUUUAACAAAAUUGUGUUAAUUUUAUUAGAGAGGAUUUUAUGUAAUAAAGGCGAGGGAGACAAAAAACAAAAUUAGCAUUUGUAUACACAUUUUGUAAAUAAUGCUUAUUUCCUUUAUAAGGACAUACUACCAUGUACGUGAGUCCUGUUUACUACCAAAUCUAUUUUUCUGUGUUCAUAUUUACCACUUUGUGUAUGUACAUAUAAUGUAAUAUUUAGACAUAGAACUGGUUACUUAUAGUAAUUAAGUUUUAUUUCUGAAGAAAACUUUUAAUUUUCAUUUCUAUUUUUAAUUAGAUAUGUAAAUUUUUUAA